AUGGGGCAUCGGACGUGUGUAAUUUUUCUAUGUUUAUUAAAUUAUUUGCCAGGAGGCUAUAUGGUACAACAAUUGGCCUCAAGACCCCGUGUUUGCAUCAUCGGUGCCGGCUACUCGGGCCUGGCUACGGCCCGUCACAUGAUCGACUAUGGCCUCAACUUAACUGUAUUUGAGGCCUCCAACUACAUCGGAGGCACUUGGAGAUACACUCCUCGUGUAGGCACUGAUGAGUAUGGAGCACCCUUGUUCACGAGCGCGUAUAAGGACUUGAGAACUAACUCUUUCUAUCCGUCGAUGGAAUUGCCCGACUACCCGAUCCCUGCAGGUCCUGUAUCUUCAUUUCUUUCUGGGCCCUGUAUUUACAAGUAUUUGGAAGGUUAUACUAAGCAAUUCAAUUUGAAAAAAUACAUUCAAUUCCGAAGCCUGGUAACCAGUGUGGAGAAGGUGGGUGACAAUUGGAACGUGACUUAUAUGAAGACUGAUAUGAAGCAGAACGUGUCAGAGGAAUGUGGCUUUGUUGUCGUUGCAAACGGGGAGUACAUCACGCCCCAUGUACCUUACUUCGCAAAACAAGAAGACUUUAAAGGAAAGAUGCUACACAGUCACGAUUACAGAGAUUCCGAAGACUACCGGGGUUUACGAGUACUGGUGGUAGGAGCCGGCCCUUCUGCGUUUGACCUUGCUGCACACCUCAUCAACGUGACCUCUAUGUUCAUACAUAGUCAUCAUUUAGAUGCUAACAUUCAGAAGGUUUACGGCAACUAUAAAAGGAAACCAGACAUAAAGUACUUCACACCAACGGGGGCUGUAUUUGUGGAUGAUAGCACUGAAGAGUUCGAUGUUGCUAUACUUUGCACAGGUUAUAGUUACAGCUUCCCCUUCCUCAACUAUCAGUCUUCUGGAGUGACGUCGUCAGCGAAAUAUAUAUUGCCACUGUACAAUCAACUUAUAAACAUUAAUCACCCCACAAUGACAUUUGUGGGAACUGGGAAAUAUUCUAUUGGGCUAGUUCGAGAUAGGCAGGGUCACUACUCAGCACAAUUAGCGGCAGGGCUGGUUAAGCUACCGUCUAAAGAUGAGAUGUUUCAGCAGUGGUUCGAUCACGCAAAACGCCAGACACCCAAAGAAAUUAAUCUUAUUGGGUACGAAAAUACGGCGAAUUAUAUGGAUACUCUACUCAACGGAACAGAUAUUCCUCGCGUUCCACUAGUGUUUACAACCAUUCUGCGAAACCACAUAGAUCUCUGGUACACGGAGUUUCUAACAUUUCGAAAUUAUCAAAUAAACUUAUUAAGUGAUACGGAAUAUGAAAUGAUUGUCAAACCACAGAAGAAAAUUUGUCCAUUUGAUUUAUAA